AUACACUCACCUUUAUCAUAUCCCCUCUACUCGCGUUUUAACUAGCGAAGUCAAUGUUAUUACUGUUGCCGGUUUAUUCGGCGCGUAACGUUCGGUCUAUCAUUUUUUGCGCGAUGUACGCCGAUAAAUAUAUUUUUCUUUAUAGGAACGAUAGAUGAGAAAUAUUCUUGAUAAAUAGUAUUAAGUGAGGUUAAUAAACUACGUAUUAGAUAUGACAGAGGAUCGUUCGAAAUGAUGAGACGAAAUGUGAUAAGUCUCGUUAAGUUCUUUUUUUUGGGAGUAUUUACCGUUUUUCUCACUGUAAUUAUCUUUCGAUAUAUUAGACGACCACAUAAUCGUGAAUCAACAAGCCCACAAGUUUCAUUUGCAUUGAUAGAAAAUGGAGGAAAGCUUCCAAUGGAUUUGACUCAAAAUUUUAAUAAACAGGAUGUGGAUGAAAAGAUCGAUUGGCACAAUUAUAAACAGAUAAAAGAAGAUGCAAAAAGAAGUGGGACAGGAGAGCAAGGAAAGCCAGCGUUUUUAUCCCCUUCUCUUGAUGCACUGAAGGAAAAAUUAUAUAAAACCAAUGGUUUCAAUGCCGCUUUAAGCGAUGAAAUUUCUUUGAAUCGUUCAAUUCCAGAUAUUAGACAUUCUGAAUGUAAAAAAAAAAAAUAUUUGAGGACACUCGAUCCUGUCUCUGUGGUAAUCUCUUUUCACAAUGAACACUUUAGUACUUUAAUGCGUACAUGCUGGAGCGUUAUUAACCGUUCUCCACCUUCACUUCUCUAUGAGAUUAUACUAGUCGAUGAUGCCAGCACAAAGGUAGAAUUAAAAAACAAGUUGGAUGAUUACGUAAAGAAACAUAUGCCAAAGGUAAAGAUAAUACGAUUACCAAAACGAUCAGGAUUAAUAAGAGGCCGAUUAGCUGGCGCAAAAAAAGCAGUAUCUAAAAUUCUCGUCUUCCUAGAUUCGCACAGUGAAACCAAUGUGAACUGGCUACCACCGCUUUUAGAACCAAUUGCUCAAGAUUAUAAAACUUGUGUCUGCCCCUUUAUCGACGUAAUAGCAUAUGAAACAUUUGAAUACAGGGCCCAAGAUGAAGGUGCUAGAGGUGCCUUCGAUUGGGAAUUGUAUUACAAACGUUUACCACUACUUCCAGAAGAUCUAAAACAACCUGCUGAGCCAUUUAAGAGCCCGGUCAUGGCCGGCGGUCUGUUUGCUAUAAGUGCAAAAUUUUUCUGGGAACUGGGUGGUUAUGAUUCUGGUUUAGAUAUAUGGGGUGGAGAACAAUAUGAAUUGUCAUUUAAAAUAUGGCAAUGCGGUGGUCAAAUGUAUGAUGCUCCUUGUUCAAGAGUGGGCCAUAUUUACAGGAAAUUUCCACCCUUUCCUAAUCCUGGUCGUGGAGACUUCUUAGGAAAAAAUUACAAGAGAGUAGCAGAAGUAUGGAUGGAUGAAUACGCAGAAUAUAUUUACCGUAGACGACCUCAUUUACGAUCAUUAGAUCCAGGCAAUUUAACGGAACAGAGAAAGCUUCGAAAGAAAUUACAUUGCAAACCGUUCAAGUGGUUUAUGGAAAAUAUAGCCUUUGAUCUUGUAGAAGUAUAUCCACCGAUAGAGCCUGAUGAUUUCGCUUCAGGAGAAAUCAGAAAUAUGGGAGCACCAGAAUUAUGUCUUGAUGCUAAGAAAAUGAAAAAAGAUGAGAUUAUAAAGGUAGAUACUUGUAAAAAAGAUAAUCCAGUAUUAUCAGGAGAACAAGAGUUUAAAUUGACAUGGCACAAAGACAUUAGACCAAAAGAUCGCACAGAUUGUUUAGACGUAUCUAGAUCAGAUAUCAAAGCCCCAGUCAGUUUAUAUCCUUGUCAUGGAAAACAGGGUAAUCAGUUAUGGCGAUACGACGUAGAAAAACAAUGGUUGAUGCAUGGUUAUGUACCAAGAUGUUUGGAUACUGAUCCAGGUAGUAAGAAGGUUUACGUGACUGCAUGUGAUCAAUCGUCUCCUACUCAAAAAUGGAGAAUAGAAAAUGUCAAUAUGAAAGCUAUAAAUAAUUGGGAGAACGUGGGACCAAAGCUCAAAUAAAUUUCUUCCUUUCUAUUGCCAUAA